UAACUUCAGUUCGCUGAGAUACUCCGUGGAUUGUACAUCGUUUCAACGGAAAAUAGUACGGUCUAACGGUUGUUAUUCCAAGAUUUAACACUUGCUAUUGAAAUUUAAAAUAAAAUUAUUGUGCAAAAAAUAUUAUUGUGUUUUAUUUAUGAUUUAAGUUUAAGUUGAAAAAGAAGUGAAGUGUUGACUUAAUCAAAAAAUUUGAAAAAAGAAAAAUAUUUAAAACAAAAAUUCUAAAAAAGAAAAUAUUUUGAAAGUGAACAAACAAAAUUUGCAAAAAAAAAGUACUAAACAAUAAAAAAAGGAUUAUUCAAAACUUAAACAAUACAACUUUUGGAAUUUCAACCUAAUUCGAUUAAACACUGGUUUUAAAAUAGGCAAAUAUGGAUAAAUUUCGUCAGAGACGUUCUUCGUUCUCUCCCUUUGGUUCGGGUAAACAAGAACCCUUAAUUGUGGUCGAAGAAUCUGGUGCCACAGAAGAAGAUGAUCAAAGUAGUUCUGGAACACCAACAUAUCGAGCAAGUUUGGACAUUGAUUCACCAGUAAAUCCCUAUCUACUUUCACCAUGGCGGGAUCCAAGAGAAAGUCGAAAACAUUCGUUGCCCUCACAGCAGGUUACAGAGGGUAUAACAGCCAGUCAAGUAAGACGACUUUCAGAAAGAGGUGGCGAAGGUUCUGGACCAUCACCAAAUGAGGCUGCAUUUUUGGCUACUUUAUCACAAUCUAAGGCACCAUCAGGGCGGCGGCAUUCAGUUGUUACAAUAUCAAAAAUUCCUGCAGCUAUUUUUGGUAGAAGUAGGAGGGAAUCGGUUGCGGCAUUUCCUUUACCAACAGCCGGACGUGUUUUAAGUUCCCGCCGAGAGAGCAGUGCAUCCACAGGACCCCCAUCUACAGACCCAAUAGGAAGUAUUCACAAUCUCCAACUAGAUAUAAUGGAUGACAUAGUUCAGUCGAGAAAAGCCCGCUUAAAACUAUGGACAACAAGCAAUGAGAAAGUUUGUGAAGUUGAAACAGUCAAUGAAACUGGAGCCAGCACCCAACAAAGAUACACAAAUCGAAGAUAUUCUGAAGUCAUUCCCGCCGGUGUGUCACCAACUCCAGCCUUUAGACGCGCCUCUGAACAUCCAGCAAUAAUUUCCCCAUGCCUUCUGCCAAACUCACGAACUCCAUCGCAGCGAAAGAAAAAAUCACCUGGUGUUGGUUUCCUGGGAAGCCGCACAGACUUGAGCACAAUUUUUAGUAAUUUGACAUCAUCCGCCAUUGAGAUACACAAAUGUGACGAAUCCCCCAGUUUCUCAAAGACUAAAGCCAGUCCCGGUGGCUCAUCAAAUCACAGUACAACCAGCAACACACUCGAUCCCAAUGUUGGACGGUCCACACGAUCUAAUAGCUUCGAUGUGUCACUUCUGCAAAAUGCCAAACAAUUGGUAUCAGAUGCCGAAGACAAAGGAGCCGCUCUAUCAGGCUGGUUCACCAAUCGACACCAGCCCAUGGCCCGCAAGAAGAGCAUUCGAAAGAAAAGCACAGCCAUGGCAAUGUCAAAGGAUGUCCUAGAAAGGCUACAGAACAAAGACAUCCUCAAAGAGAAACCCAAACCGAAGCCAAAAUCAAAAUGGGACUCAAAAGGCGGCAUGAUGGACCCUACUGUUAUUGGAUCAGCCAUUGAGGGCUUCCUGCGAAGAAGCACAGGCACUACAUCCUCAUCGUCGAGCAAAGGCGCCGUACCUAAGGACCGAGGAGCGCGAAGUAGAAUCCCAUCGACAGCAAGAGCCACAAUGAACUGGUUUAGCAGAACAGAAGAAGAUGACAGCAAAGAUACGUGCGACACAUCCCUCUGCUCCACACUCAAGGAUCUCUUUGUCAAAUAAUUGUCAAUGAAUUUAAGUUUUAAAGUAUAAUGAGAUGAAACGAUAUCAAUCUUCUUCAAACAAUCUGCAUCCGGCAGCAUAACGAAGAUGAAACUCUUGGAUUAUUAUUAUUGAUAUGAAAUUUCUCUGAUGCGCAAAUUUUACAAAUAAAUAUAUAAAUAAAAUAUGUCUGGCAGCAGCGCAGGAUAUAAGGACAUAGAAGUAAGGAAUUUUUUUUAAUAUUUUUUAUUUUUCAUCAG